AUGACCGAGUUCUGGUUGAUCUCAGCCCCGGGGGAAAAAACCUGCCAGCAGACCUGGGAGAAACUGAUGGCAGCUACAACCAAGAACAAUAAUUUGUCGACCAACUCCAAAUUUAACAUUCCUGACCUCAAGGUUGGCACCCUUGAUGUUCUAGUAGGAUUAUCAGAUGAACUGGCUAAACUCGACACAUUUGUGGAAGGGACAGUGAAGAAGGUGGCACAGUACAUGGCUGAUGUGUUGGAGGACAGCAGAGACAAGGUGCAAGAAAACCUGCUGGCCAGUGGAGUGGACUUAGUCACGUACGUCACACGGUUCCAAUGGGACAUGGCAAAGUACCCAAUUAAGCAAUCAUUGAAGAACAUUGCUGAAAUAAUCGCUAAAGGUGUUACACAGAUUGACAAUGAUCUGAAAGCUCGAGCUGCUGCUUAUAACAAUCUGAAAGGCAAUCUCCAAAAUCUGGAACGAAAAAACGCUGGAAGUUUAAUCACCAGAAGCCUGGCUGAGAUUGUGAAGAAGGAUGACUUUGUGCUGGAUUCCGAAUACCUGAUCACACUUCUGGUGGUCGUACCUAAGAUUAAUUACAAUGACUGGGUUAAGCAGUAUGAAACUCUAGCUGAGAUGGUCGUCCCUCGUUCCAGCAGCGUGUUAUCAGAAGACCAGGACAGCUACCUGUGUAAUGUCACUCUGUUCAGGAAAGCAGUAGACGACUUCCGACACAAAGCCAGGGAGAAUAAGUUUGUCGUCCGUGAUUUCCAAUACAAUGAAGAAGAGAUGAAGGCGGACAAGGAGGAAAUGAAUAGACUAUCCACUGAUAAGAAGAAGCAGUUUGGUCCUCUGGUACGGUGGCUCAAAGUCAAUUUUAGUGAAGCUUUCAUUGCAUGGAUUCAUGUGAAGGCUCUCCGGGUCUUUGUGGAGUCUGUGUUAAGAUAUGGAUUACCUGUCAACUUCCAAGCCAUGCUCCUGCAGCCCAACAAGAAGACUAUGAAGAAGCUGAGGGAAGUCUUGUAUGAUUUGUACAAGCACCUGGACAGCAGUGCGGCAUCCAUCAUUGACGCUCCCAUGGACAUCCCUGGAUUAAACCUGAGCCAGCAGGAAUACUACCCCUAUGUCUACUACAAGAUUGAUUGCAAUUUGCUGGAAUUUAAGUAG